AGUGUGGUUGAAAGCAAGUGCUUAUGUAGAUCUGUUUAGGACACAAAUAAUGGUAGUCACAAGCAUUGACUUCAGCUACACAGAAAUUGUCUUCCAAUUUGGCAUGUGUUCUAACGCUUACUUGGUAUUGACCACUUUUGAAAAAAAAUAAGUUACAUUUUAUGUUUUUAUUUGUUUUACCCUGACCUUACUUUGGUUUUUGUUUUUGAUGCCCAAGCUCUUCAAAUAUUGUGUCAAAUUUAAACUUUUUUCUGUAACUACAUUAACUUAUUUUUUUUCCCUCUUAGACUGGUAUACCAUAUGCGAUGCUUCAAAGGCCAUUUCUCGCUGUGCAGACCAUUUCCUCCAAAUACAUGCAAUGGAGAACCCCUUGCUGUUGAAGAUGGACUUAAGAGACAGCCCUGCAGAAAAAGACAUGGCUCUGAUUUCCUUCUAUAAGCGACCAAAUGUGCAAUGGGCAUGCCCCCUUAAUUGUAGGCUUGAAGGAGAUGUUGCUGUUGGACUAGGUGUAAACCGCUUUUUUUUUUCAACCGUACUGGAAAAAUUGAAGUCGGGUUUUUCUAUAAACUUUGGAAACUACAUUGUUACACGACUUUUCGAAGGAGAACCUGGCCACUGGGUCCCAUCAGCCUCUCACUUUCUUGUUGAAAGUGACAUGUUCUUAGUGGCUGGCAGAAUGAUAGGUCACGCUUUCCUUCAUGGAGGACCACGCCUGUCAGGACUUAGUCCUGCUGUUAUUCAUGUUCUAUUUGGCGGCAGUCCAGAAACAGCAACUGUCACCCUGGAGGACUGCCCAGACCUAGACAUCAGGGAAACCAUCAGUCCUCUCGAAGGAGAAUCCAGGCUCUCUGAUACUCAAAUGGAAAGAGUACAGAGCUUGGCAUAUUCAUGGGACCUUCCUUGUCCCACAGAGAACAAUAGGAAGUGGCUUUUUGAGAAGCUGUUACUUCAUGCAGUUCUUGGACGCGUCGCAAGACAAAUAAAGCAGCUUAGACGAGGCUUGAAAGAAACCCCAAUAUGGUCACUGGUAACUCGGCGGCCUGAUGCUGUACCGCUGCUUUUUCCAAGGGAGGAAGCCUUCCUGUGUCCAGAGGUGGUACUUCAGCAUAUCACUUGGCCAGAAACAGAUGACGGAAGUGAUGAAGAUGACGACUGCUCAAAGGAAACCAGAUGCCGCAUUUCAGGAUAUCUGAAACAGUUCAUUGCAAAUGCCACACCACCUGAACUGAAAGAAAUGAUGAAAUUCUGGACCGGAUGGGAAAAUCUGCCAUCAAGUCUGUCUGUGGAUAUUGUUCAUGGAAAAUACCCAACAGCUGCCACUUGCUACGAAAUGCUAAGAAUUCCUUGUCACUACAGGAGUUACAAAUCUUUCAGUGAUGAGUUUUUAGCAUGCAUUUCCUCUACGCAAACUGGCUUUGGCUUGCUUUGAAUGCUGUUUAAAAAAAAAAAAUCUACAUUUAAACUGUAGCAGUUCUUUGUGAAGCAGCUUUGUUCAAAUGAAACAGUUUUGUUGAAAUGUAGAAUCAGUUCAAUUUUCUGAUUUUGUCAGAUAAUUACAUAUCAUAUGAAUUGAACAUGUGAUUCAAUACAUAUGAAUGUAUACAUAUGAAUGUAUUGAAUAUGAAUUGAAUACAUACAGUAUGAAUGUAUUCAUAUGUAUGUAUUCAUAUGAAUGAAUGAUUGCUAUGUAAUACAUAUGAUACAUAGUAAUCAUAUGUAUUACUGAGAGUAACGUUGUGUUACUCUAGUUCCUCCCUCUAGUUUUGUCACAUUCAAAACUAGAGGAACUAGAGUGACAAUGUUCAGAGUAGGUAUUUAAUUUCUCUGAGUUAGUACUGUUUGUACAGGCAGUUUUAAAUAUGAAACUGAAAUUGUUUUUUAUGCAAAAUUUUAUUGAAUGUACUUAGAUGAGUUCAUAUAUGCUUGAAGUAUUAGAAAAUAAAUUGCAUAAGACAAACAAAGCUUUUUCUGAUUCUUAUAAUGCAAGAAAUUUAAAGUCCUACAACAAUGUACAAAUGUACCUACUAGGUUCCUUUUGAGUAAA